GUUAACGUAAACCAAAGUGUCAACAGCAUAGCUGGUAAAACAACUGCUGCUUUUUUAAUCUAAUCUAGUUCUUCUCACUUUUCUUUUUAUUUUCAUAGCCAGUGGUCCCUCUAGCAUUAUGAGCUGCUGUGCGCGCGAGCCCAUGGCUCCUCACAACAUUGAAGUAAUUUCAACAGCGCCGUUUGAUGGUCAAAAACCAGGAACAAGCGGUCUCAGAAAGCCUGUCGGCGUCUUCCAGCAACCUCACUAUACCGAGAACUUCAUCCAGGCUGGAUUAAUAGCAGGCUUGGGAGACAGGCUGAGGGGAUCGAGUUUGGUAGUUGGAGGAGAUGGGAGAUUCUUUUGCAAAGAAGCUGCCCAGCUGAUUAUAAAAAUUGCUGCGGCUAAUGGGGUUUCCAAGGUAGUGAUUGGCCAGAAUGGAAUAUUAUCUACACCAGCUUGCUCUCAUAUAAUCCGCAAAUAUCAACUCGAUGGCGGCUUUAUUCUCACAGCAAGUCACAACCCUGGGGGACCCAAAGGAGACUUUGGCAUAAAAUAUAAUAUUGAAAAUGGAGGUCCUGCUCCUGAAUCUGUCACCAAUAAAAUCUUUGAAAUCUCAAAAACAAUCAGUGACUACAAGAUAGUUCCUAACUUAAAGGUGGACAUCUCCACACUCAACACCAUUGCUUUCAAAAUAUGUGGAAAUGAUUUCACUGUGGAAGUCAUAGAUAGCACCACUGACUAUGUUCAGCUGAUGAAGUCAAUAUUUGAUUUUACAACCCUAAAAAACUAUGCAAAAACCAAACGACUGCUUUUAAAUGGCAUGAACGGAGUCACCGGUCCCUACCUUAAAAAGAUUUUUGUGGAAGAGUUGGGCUUACCAGCUGAUUGCUGCCUUAAUGCUGAACCCCUUCCAGAUUUUGGAGGAUCUCACCCAGAUCCUAACCUAACCUAUGCCAAAGAUUUGGUCGAUAUUAUGAAGCAGGGCAAACAUGAUUUUGCAGCAGCUUUUGAUGGUGAUGGGGAUCGAAAUAUGAUUUUAGGUCAUAAUGCAUUUUUUGUAACACCUUGUGAUUCCCUUGCUGUGCUGGCUGCUAACUUAGAAUGUAUUCCUUACUUCAAGACUAAUGGAAUAAAAGGAUUUGCUAGGAGCAUGCCUACUUCAGAAGCUGUAGACAAAGUUGCACAACUUUCUGGUAAAGAGUGCUACCAAGUUCCAACAGGCUGGAAAUUUUUUGGUAAUCUUAUGGAUGCUGGCAAAAUUAAUCUUUGUGGUGAGGAGAGUUUUGGUACAGGAUCUGAUCAUAUCAGAGAAAAAGAUGGUAUCUGGGCAGCCUUGGCUUGGCUGUCUGUUUUAGAACACACCAAUAAAAGUGUCAAGGAUGUUUUAGUACAGCACUGGGUAGUCUAUGGAAGAAAUUUUUUUACCAGAUAUGACUAUGAAAAUGUUUCAUCUGAAUCCGGAGACAAAAUGAUGGAACUUCUGACCAAACUGAUAGAAGAUCCUAAAACAAAAGGUAUGACCUUCUCUGAUCCAACUGGCAAGUCUUAUAAGAUGGCCAAUUUGGACAACUUUGAAUACAAAGAUCCAAUAGAUGGAAGCAUUAGUAAAAAUCAAGGUAUACGAUUUAUGUUUGAGGAUGGCUCCAGAAUCAUUUAUCGUUUAAGUGGAACAGGUAGCUCAGGUGCCACAAUUCGUAUCUAUGUGGAGGGGUAUGAGAAAUAUCCAAACCCCCAAUUGUAUCACCAGGACGCACAGGAAGUCCUUAAGCCUCUAGUGACUAUUGCUUUACGAACAUCGAAACUGAAGGAAUUAACUGGUCGUGAGGAACCUACUGUCAUUACAUAAUCAUCAUUAUCUCCCCUUACUAUUGAUUUGAAACCUCUUAGUGACUUUUACCUACCCGGAGUAUUUUAGAUUUACAUGUAUUCAUCCCUGUGCAGCCAAAUCUUGUGAAUAAAGUUGUUUUACCUUGACUUCAUUUUGUCUGCCAAGUUCAUUUUGAACUUAGAGUUUUAUUUUGAAAGUUCUCUCCCGUACUAGUUAUGUCCCCUAAAACAAUAUCUCUACUUUGUAUGCUCUCAGUGAAUGUGUUGAAUGAGGUUUGGUUUAUAAAGACUUUUACUGACUUGCUGGAGCUUAUUAAAGUUGUUGAUAACUAUUUAGUUCAUUCUCUUUGAUCUCUGUGCCCACAUCUCUGUACUGUACACUUAUGUUGAUUAUCUGGUUUUAUCUCAAUGGCAGUUUUAUUUCUUUUAACUGAGGAAGAAAUGUCACUAUUUACAUUUGUUCUUACUCAUUGGUGAUCAACAUUGUUCAAGGAGAAUUCUGUUUAGAUUGUUAUUUGUUUGAAACCAUUUCUGUUUGUGAUCUAAAAGCUUGUUAUUGAGAAUGGCUGUUAUCAGGUUUUUACCUAGAAAUAAAGACAAAACAAUUGUA